CCUCUGCUUUGCCUUCACUGCGAAGCCUGGGGGUCGUGGUUGCAGACUGCCACCUGGUGGCAGCGUUCCCGAUCUACGACGCAGCUUCUACUUUCCUCGAGGCGGCCGACCACCGAGACGCGGCGUCCGUUUCCCAGAGCGACCCUAAGGCGUCUUCUGCCGGGAUCCGGGAGGAGGGCCACGUCACUUCCGGUCGGGUUUCGGUCGGCUGGGCUGGAGCGGCAGGCGGGGCCUGGUCGGGCUGCCGCCGUUGGGCGGCGCUGAGUUGUGGCGCGCAGGCUCCAGGGCGUGUGGACUCAGAAGUUGUGGUGCACGGGCUUAGUUGCCCCGUGGCAUGUGGGAUCUUAGUUCUCCGAGCAGUGAUCAAACCCAUAUCCCCUGCAUUGGAAGGCAGAUUCUUUACCACUGGACCACCAGGGAAGUCCCUGGAAUAUUUUGAAACUUUCUUUUUUGUCUGUCUUGUUUUGAUUGGUAUAAACAUCGCUAAGGCACAUGCAGCAAAGCAUGUUCAGCUUGCAAACACCGUGCUAAGGGGAAGAAGGCAGCACGGAGUGCAGAAGGCAUAACCCCUCUGACAGAGUCCGCAGGGCGCUGAUCUGUGCUGCCAGGAGCCAGGCAGAGGCUCUCCUGGGAGGCCAGCAAGGAGGCAGAGCCUGCAGCAGUGGCAGGGCUGCCAGGGCCUGGUUCUGUGGGCCGGGCCCCUCGAGCUGUGUGUUCGAUUUGUCGACUCUGCUCUGUAAACGUCAUACUCCAAUAAAGAGCUUUAAAGAUACGGGAAAGGUUAUAUAGGUGCAUUUUGUGUAUCUAAUUGGAGAGUCUUGUGCUUCCAGUAGCACCUGAGUGACUGGCUCCUGCCUCCAUUCCCGGGAAGCCCAGGGUACUAGGCGAUGGCAGCUUUGCAUCUGUCUGCCCUGCCCCAGGCUGAAGUGACCUUCGAGGACGUGGCCGUGCUCCUCUCCAGGGAGGAGUGGGGCCGUUUGGGCCCUGUUCAGAAAGGCCUCUACAGGGAUGUGAUGCUGGAAACCUACAAGAACCUGGUCUCGCUGGGAGCUGGACCUACAGGCCCCAAGCCGGAGGUGAUUACACAGUUGGAGCGAGGGGAUGAGCCGUGGGUCCUGGACGUGCAGGGGAGAGAGCGACCAACCAUCGAUGGCUCAGCUCAUGGGACCAGGAGUGAGAACCAGGAGUUGACUUCAGGCGAGAUGCUCUAUGGGGAAGAACUGGACCGACUCAGGGGGAGUGUUCUCCAGGGACUUGAGCCGGGAGAAGCCUGUGAGCAUGUCAGGGAGCCAGAGGGGAGCAUGGACGGGCCUGUGGAGCAGAGAGGCCCCAGGCCAGUCACACUGGCAAACAAGGAGAGUGGCCUGGAGUGUGGGGGAAACCUCAGGUUGGGGUCAAGCCCUCUCGCUGAUCAGAGACCUCACAAAUGCGAUAUAUGUGAGCAAAGUUUUGAACAGAGAUCAUACCUUAAUAACCAUAAGCGUGUACACAGGUCCAAAAAAACAAAUAUAGUUCGUGAUUUAGGAGAAGUUUUCACUGCAAAUUUAGUUGUUAAAGAAGAUCACAAAAUUCCUAUUGGGAAAAAAUUGCAUUAUUGUGGUUGCUGUGGGAAAGCCUUCAGGUACAGUGCUAACCUUGCCAAGCACCAGCGGCUGCACAGCGAAGAGAAGCCCUACAAGUGCGACGAGUGUGGGAAAGCCUUCCACCAGAGCUGCGAACUCAUCAAUCACCGCAGGAUGCACUCUGGGGAGAUCCCCUACCGCUGCGAUGAGUGCGGGAAGACGUUCAAUCAGAGGCCCAACCUCAUGAAGCAUCAGAGGAUCCACACUGGGGAGAAGCCCUACAAGUGUGGCGAGUGUGGGAAGCACUUCAGUGCCUACUCGUCCCUCAUUUAUCACCAGAGGAUCCACACUGGAGAGAAGCCCUACAAGUGCAACGACUGUGGGAAGGCCUUCAGUGACGGCUCAAUCCUCAUCCGACAUCGUCGGACUCACACUGGAGAGAAGCCAUACGAGUGCAAAGAAUGUGGCAAAGGCUUUACCCAGAGUUCUAACCUUAUUCAACAUCAGAGAAUUCACACUGGAGAAAAACCCUAUAAAUGUAAUGAAUGUGAGAAAGCCUUCAUCCAAAAAACCAAGCUUGUUGAACAUCAGAGAAGCCACACUGGAGAAAAGCCCUAUGAAUGUAAUGACUGUGGCAAAGUCUUCAGCCAGAGCACCCACCUCAUCCAGCAUCAGAGGAUCCACACGGGAGAGAAACCCUACAAGUGCGGUGAGUGUGGGAAGGCCUUCCACAACAGUUCCAGACUCAUCCACCAUCAGAGGUCACACCACGGAGAGAAGCCGUACAAAUGCACUGAUUGCAAGAAAGCCUUCAGCCAGGGCACGUACCUCCUGCAGCACCGGAGGAUCCACACCGGGGAGAAGCCGUACACGUGCGGCGAGUGUGGCAAGGCCUUCCGGCACAGCUCCAACAUGUCCCAGCAUCAGAGGAUUCAUCUCCGGGAAGACUUUUCCCUGUGACUGGGGGAGGCCCCUGAGGUCUGCUGUGCACUUCCUGCAUGUGACCCACCCAGCCCUUUACUUGCUGUCCACAUAGUGUUGUCACAGGUGAAAGAGCAUUUCUGUCUAAUUAAAAAAAAUCUUAAAACAGAAGCAGUGCAUGUUCAUUUUAGAGAAAUUGAGUGAGAAACGUAAGCAAACAGGAGAAACUCCGGUAGCCUCCCCUUAGACAAAGAGAACUCACCACCACUGCGCCCGGUGUAGGUUUUGUCCAGACACACCGAACAGCAUCCUCAAGAGAAGUACUGUGGUGCUUUCUGUGCAGCUCGUUUCCUCAAUCCUGGAAAACUCACACUGGAGAGAAUUCUAUGUGUUUACAUGGUUUUUACACAUUGUAAAUUUUUAAAAAUUAGCAUUUUCUGUAUCACUUAAUAGAAUUGCCUUUUUUAUUGUGGUAAAAUAUAUACAACAUUACAUGUACCAUUUAAACCAUUUUUAAGUG